CGGCUCUCUGAUCCGGAGACAGACAGAAGCGGACAGACAGAGAGAGUCAACCCAGAGACAGACAACCAGAGACAGACACCACAGAUGGGCCUCAGUAACCACUAGUACUCUUUCCUACUUCCAGACAUCCGCACCUUGCACCGCAUCCUCUUCCUUAAGGUUUCCAUUUUCCAUCUUUGAGCAGUUUUCCGGAGAAAAUGGCAGCGAUUCCAUCAACCGGCUCCCUCAUCGCCACACAUGAUUACUACAGACGGCGCAUCGGGUCCGUCUCCAGCAACAGCUCCUGUGGCAGCUCUGAGUUCACCGGAGAGGUCAUUCCCCACCCCCCAGGACUUCAAAGACAAGACUCGGGUCACUGGUGGUCUUCAUUUUUUCUACUGCUAAAGCCGCCUCAGCCCAGCGUGCAGAACGAAUCGAGUCUCAGAAGUGAGAACAGCUCGUACACAGUGGCUAACGGUCAGGUGACCUGCGUCGCUCGGGAAAUGGUUUUAAACAGAAAAAUCAGCGUGAGCAGCAACAACGGGAAGUCAGAAACACCGAACCCUCCCCCAUCCUCCUCCUCCUGAGCCCCCCCACUCUCCUCUCCCCCGUCCUGAAGAUGACGAUGAUGAUGGUGUUCGUCACUUUUAGUCCAUGCUUUGUUAUUUUUGCCUCUGUAUAGAAUAUUUUUAUUAUGACCAAAAGUUUUAAAAAAAAGUAUGUAAAAGUUUUUUCAUUAUGUGACUUUACACUGUUGAUAAUAAUAAUAAUUAUAUAUUAUUAUUAUAAUAAUAAUAAAAUGCUUUCAAUCAGUAA